CUCUCCCCCUCUCACUUUCUACUCCGCAGUCUCUCUCCCUCUCUCUCUAUACUCUCCUUUACUUCCAUUACAGUAUUACACUGGUCUGGAUGAUUGCAGAGACAGCAACAUGGCUGUGAAUCUCGGCAAGAACAGACUGGCCCUUCUAACAGCCUACCAGGAUGUUAUCAACGAGACCUCGUCCACCGACUGGGCCUUGUACUCAUAUGAGGGCAACACCAAUGAUUUGACUCUGGCAUCAUCAGGAGCUGGAGGUCUACCAGAGAUCACAGUGACCUUUGAUAAUGGCCGGGUCAUGUACGGCUUCUGCAGCCUGAAGGAGCCCACGGCUGCACUGCCGCGCUACGUCCUCAUCAACUGGGUUGGUGAGGAUGUGCCUGAUGCCAGGAAGUGUCAGUGUGCCAGCCAUGUGGCUAACAUUGCAGAGUUUUUCCAGGUCAGUCUCACUGAGGGAGUCAACGUCAUCAUCAACGCCAGCACCAUGGAGGACAUCGAACCAUCUGCCAUUGGACAGAGACUGACAAAUGGGACAGCUUCGGUGGCCAGCCCCGUCCUCAGCCGGCUGAGAACCAGAGAGGAGGAGAAUGGAGAGCAUGGAGUGGGCACCGUGUACACCAAAACCAACGCAGAGAUCGAGAUGAAGAAGAUCAAUAGAGAGGAAUUUUGGGAACAAGCCAAGCGUGAGGAAGAGUUGAGAAAGGAGGAGGAGAGGAAGAAGGUUGCUGAGGAGAGGCAACGAUUCGAGGAGGAGAGGAUGGAGCUGGAAAGGAAAGAGCAGGAGGAUAGAGAGAAGAGGUACCGCGAGAGGGAGAGGCAGAUCGAGGAACACAGAAAGAAGAUGCAGGAGGAAGAGGAGGCCAAAGAGAGGACACGGAAUCAGCCCCUCAUAACAGCAGAACUUAGCUAUGAGGACCUGGAGAAGGAGAAGAAGGAGUCUGAAGUGGAGGAGGCGAAAGCCCUCAUUGCCCAGCGAGCGGACAACCCCAGGGAGUUCUUUAAGCAGAAGGAGAAGGCUGUGGCCACUGGUGUGGACAUCUCCCCUGCCUCUAGCCACAGGACCGGCCGUUUGGACAGCCCGUUACCAGGCCGUUUGGACAGCCCGUUUUUGAAGCAGCAGCACAGUCCCAGCGAGCCCAGUCCGCCCCCCCUCCGCACCCCGCCUCACGCGAGGCUACAGCCCACUACACCCGAUGGUGAUGAUGAAGGGAGCUUAGAUCACAGUGUGGGAAUGUCCCCAACGCCCGUCCCCCAAAUUGUCACCACACCCAUCCAGGAGGCGGAGGAUGACAGCCGGAAUGAGUGGGGUGAGCCCAAGCAGCAGCCAGGCCCGGUCCAGGACUCCACCCCCACCAAGCCCAUUCAGAGUGUGGCACCCCAGACCCGCACAGACUCCAAAGCCCCGUCCUCAGCACCGGACGACUAUGACCCCUUCUCAGGCUUCAGGCCCCUGCCUGCCCCCACUGCCGCAGACCCCAUGGUGGACCUAUGGGACUGCAGCCCUGCCACCGGCAUCGCCCCCUCUCAGGCCCCACCCCCUGGAGGGCGACCCCAGCCCCUGCUGAGCUUCGACGAGAUGGGGGACGUACCAUUCUGCCCGGGGGGUUCCGAGGGGGUCGAGGAUGAGCCCUCCAGCCUAGUGGACGUGGCCGGGACCCACGAUAUGACCAUGAGCUACCAGCAAGCACUGCAGCACGCUUCAGAGGACACUCAGCUGAUGACCAACGGGGAGACGCUGCUCAAAGAAGGGACUCAGGCGAGCGAGGGCUACUUCAGCCAAUCGCAGGAGGAGGAGGAGUGCUCUGCUAAAAUGACCCCAACGUCAGUGUUUUAUAACAAGCCACCAGAGAUUGACAUCACAUGCUGGGACACAGACCCUGUAAUGGAAGACAGCGACUAGACCAUGGCGGAGUAGUCCAGUCCGGCGGUGGGAAGCAGAAACAAUGCAUCAUCAACAACGAAACAGAUUUUAAAAAAAGUAAUAAUAACAAGUCUUGCAUAAAAAAAUCUGUAUAAUGUUCUAGAUUUUUUUUUUUUUUUAAGGAUGUUAGCCACCAAAAUGGUUUUUGAGUUAUUGUUAAAGAUGCUAAUGGAUUGAUGAUGAGCUCUUGGUUUUGUGUUUUUAUUUUAUUUAUUGCUUUGAUUUCUCAUUGUUUUGCUAUGCAGAGUAAAUAGUGGGGAGUGGGGAAUACUUUCUUGCGCACGGCUGUGUCCUCUACAGCAGACUAUGACCCCCUGUACCAGACAGGUAGCCUAUUAGAAUGUAGAGCAAACCCUAUUGUGCCCAAUCACAAUGAUUCCUACCACAGCCCCCUCCCUUUGUCCUCUCUCCCCCAAACCCAGGCACCACCUUCCACCCUCCUUACUGCUCAAGAGUUGCCUCCAUCCUAGCUCUGGCCCUCUCCACUGAAGCCUAGGGGAUCUACUACCCACAUCCCCCAUCCAUUCUCUCUCAUUCUGGGUAGCUACAGUCGUUGUAGAUAAAAGUGGGAGUGGUGCCUGGUGGAAAGGAGGGAGGGAGAGGGGAUCAGAGAGGAGUGGUGCCUAGUGUAAUCCUGUAGUCUUUGAUGUUUCAGUUUGGCCUUGGGGCCAUGAGGAGGGGGAGGGGGGAACCAGAUAAAGACUACAGGCUGGGAUAGCAGUACUAUUGUACUAUACCAUAGUAAAACCCUGACACACACAAGGGAGGUAUAACGAAAUACUUGUUUUGUGCUGUGCCAAGUCACUUUGAAAAGGAAUAUCUAUUGUAGCUUCUUAUCGUUGUGUUGGUUGGAAUACUCUCCCAGCAGAAAGUCUGACAUGGGGAAAAUGUGUAUGAUUUUUCUACCUAUUAGAAGUGUUCUAGAAAUUGAAAUUCAGGAUCGUUGAAUCAUGGCAAUAGCGGUAGUCUCUUGUUUUGUUACGUCUUCAGUGAAAACUAGGCAAUGACUGUAUCUAGAGCACUCAGAUGGGAAUGAGGACGUUCGUCACACGUUGUGGCACUAUGAACGGAACAGUGUGUCUUGUGCUAAGGUGGUUCUAGAGCUGCUACAGUAGUCACUGCUUUGUAACACUACCUCCUUCUUUGCAGUAGAUGACACAAAUUCACCCUUUCGCUUUCCAUGUGUCUUUAUUUCCCUUGUCCUUCUUUUAAAAUGAUGUAGUUCACAUGCACGCCCCUAGAUGGCCUCAGCACCAUUUUGUAUACUUUUGGAAUUCUACUGUUGACUACCUCUGUGUUGUUUUUGCACAGAUCUCAGAUUCUCUCACCCAGUUAUCUCGGUUCUGAUUUCACCCUUAACAGUCUAAAUGAGAAACAAUCCAGUGGAUUAGUUUCGCCAGUAGCCCUUAUAAAUGCUUUUGAUCAUCAAGACUCGUUUUACUCUGUAUUAUUGCUCUAAGGUUUAGAAACAGGUUCUAGCUUAUUGAUGCAACCCUCUCCACAUGACUUAUAGACCAGUCUUCCUUUAUUUGAUCUACAGGAGGUUUAUUAUCAUUACUGUUCAAGGUUAGAGUUUCAUUCCUGAGAUUCCACACCUUAGAUCUGAUUCUAAAUCAAUCCAGGCAUUCUUACCCAUAGAUAUAGAACAGUUCUAUAGCAGUUAUAUGUUGUUAUAGCUCUAUGCUCUUACCACAGAAUUCUGAGUGGGAACCAACAAGCAAUAAGAAAAUAAACCAAUGUAGUAUUUUGUCCUGUAAAUAGUGUUUGUUUUUUAGAAAUACAGAACUACAACUAAUGAACGUCAAACACUUCUUUGUCAUUGUGGCCCUUAUUAUUAUGAUUAUGACACUUUGAAUUGAGGCUUGUUGUGAGAUUUUUAAAUUAAGUUUCUUUGAAGAGAGAUAUGAAAUGUGAGUUGUGGUGGAAUUCCAUAUCCCUAGCAGCCUUUUUCUGUAAAUGAGAAUCACCUAAUGCUUAGUAAGAGCCGACCAACCCGCAUCUUUAGCAGUAACUGACACCCUUUCUACAUGAUUUCAAUGUAUACUUCUUCACCCUAAUAACCUCCUGGGUAGUGAUUAUUAUUCUCUUCUGAUCACACUACUAGGAGACUACUACUACUGCUAGUACUAUACUACUACUACCCCUCUUUGCCCCAAAGCAAGGCUUAGCUGUUCCUUGUCUUCUCACUCUUUUCAUUUAAGAUAUAUUUUAUUUAUCUUCCCUCUUUUCCAUCCGCUUCUCACAUGCUCUGUUUUGGAAAUAAGCACAAGAUCUUUUGUGACAUGCUAAGUGCUGAUGUAUGUUAAUAAAAUACUUAAUAACCUCCAAA